GGGGGAUGCAGAACAGCUGAACAAGGCCACAAUUUGCCGCACAAUAAGGAGUGUGUGUCUGGCUAUCAAAGCAUUAGCAGAUGUCUUCAUCUCCUUCCCUGGCCACAGAAGACUCUGUGACAUCAAAGAGGAGUUCUAUAGGAUUGCAGAUGGUCUGCAAUGCUGACUGUGUGAUCAGCAAUGUUGUGGCAAAAUGGCCUGGCUCAGUCCAUGACUCCAGAAUCUUUCGGGCCUCUGAAAUCUAUCAGUGCCUAUCACAAGGUGAAUUGUCUGGUGUGUUGCUGGGAGACAGGGGGUAUGGCUGCCAGCCUUUUCUCCUGACACCUUUCACAGACCCCCAGGAAGCACAGCAGGCCUACAACCAUGCCCAUGCCAGGACCAGGGCCAGAGUUGAAAUGACCUUUGGCCUCCUGAAGGCACGCUUUCACUGCCUUCACAAAUUAAGGGUCAGCCCUGUUAGGGCAUGUGAUAUUACUGUGGCUUGUGCUGUCCUCCACAAUGUGGCCUGCCUGAGGAAGGAGAGGGCCACCAGCCAUGGACUGGGACAAUCCGGCAAUCUUCCCUGAUGACGACAGUGGUCGGCUGCUGAGGGACCAAUAUGUGUUGAAUUAUUUUAGUUAGUAUGUGUGCUUUCAAUUUUGGUUAAAUAUGUCCUGCGGUGGCAGAGGAAUUUGGUUUUUUUUGGGUUCGUUUUUUACGAAUUUGGCCUCUUAUGAUGUUUGUGCGGUAUACUGUGUGUAAUACAAGGCUGCAGGGAGGCUACUGCAUCCAUUCAUUUGUCUGUUCAGUUGAUGUGUAUGGAUUUGUCCUGCAUUUAUUUUAGUGUGCAGACAUGCAGGGUGUGUUAUAUACAGACCUUUGAAUGUGUAUGUAUCAUUUUGUAUAAUAUGCUUGGAUUCUGUGCUUUCCAUCUUGUAGAGUCACUGACUUCAGUUUCGAAAGGAGCUGAUGGUUUACCUGCUUUGUUUUGUCCUUAUUCAAUAAAGGAACAUAAUGUUACACAUUGUGUUUUUAUAUUCA